CCGGCGCUCGGGCUCCGGGGCUCGCUGCGAGCCCCGGGUCGCGGGGACUCCUCUCCAGCCGCCGCGUCGGAGACAGACCCGUUCCUCCACCAGCUGCGCCCCAUGCUCAGCUCCGCCUUCGGCCAGAUGUGCCUGGAGGAGCAGGCCAGCUACCCAGGGGCGCAGACGAGCGAGGCGGGGCUGGCGGACUCCGGAGAUCUCCCUGGACCGCUCCUGACGCUGGCCCAGAACUGCGCUGCCGUGCACAGCCUGCUGGGCCCUGCCUGCGUCUUCCUGCGCAAGGGCUUCGCCGAGAACAGGUGGCCUGACAGAUCGCUGCGGCCAGAGGAGAUCGAAGAGCUCCGGGAGGCCUUCAGAGAGUUUGACAAGGACAAGGAUGGCUACAUCAACUGCCGGGACCUGGGCAACUGCAUGCGCACCAUGGGCUACAUGCCCACCGAGAUGGAGCUCAUCGAGCUGUCCCAGCAGAUCAACAUGAACCUGGGUGGCCAUGUGGAUUUCGAUGACUUUGUGGAGUUAAUGGGUCCCAAACUCCUGGCCGAGACGGCAGACAUGAUUGGCGUAAAGGAACUGCGAGAUGCCUUCCGAGAGUUUGAUACCAAUGGUGAUGGGGAGAUAAGCACCAGCGAGUUGCGAGAAGCCAUGAGGAAGCUCCUGGGCCACCAGGUGGGACACCGAGACAUAGAGGAGAUCAUCCGAGACGUGGACCUCAACGGGGAUGGGAGAGUGGACUUUGAAGAGUUUGUGCGAAUGAUGUCCCGCUGAGGCCGCGAGGGCCCCUCCAGGACUGCCAAGCCCCCGCAGGCGGGGAGAAGCGGAGCCCAGGCUCACCUCACCCUGCCGGAGACACCGAGCGCCCAGGAUGUACUGGCGGAUGGGGCCUGCCUGCACCCCUGGGAGGUGCCCACCCCGGACCCCCACCCCUCCGCACUGUGAAAGACUCACAACUCCUGCAACUGGAAAGGGGGGCGCCCGCCCAUGAGGACGCCACCGUGCCAAGCCGGCAGAGGCCAUGCCAGGCGCCAAGUGCCAUGGACCCAGCCGCUGCUGGCUGGGUGGGCCGGGGGCCGCCAGCAGACCCCACACAGCAUGUGUGCCCUGGGGCAAAGCAUCGCUCUCCUUAGCUCUCUGCCCGCCCCAGCUCGCCUCAGCCCUGUUAUCUCAGAACCAAUAAAAUAUUUCCAA